UCCAGUCCGUCAGCAGGCUGCUCAGCUGCUGCUGCAACGGCGCUAUCUUCCGCGGCUGGAACGUCGCGUACUCGCGUCGUUGUUCCCUUUGCGGCUGAUAACGGUUAUCUCGGUGGUGCCAUUAUCACUCGACAUAUAAUCUCGGUUACGUUUGUUGUUCUAAUCGCCAGAGUGGCCCGUCGCGUCUUACGACUUUACCAUAAUAUCGUCUUUUGUAACUUCAUCUCCAGACUCCAAUAGUCCAAUCUCCAUCGAUUCGUGAGCCCUUUGAAACGUGACUUGUGUAGUCACUGGCCCGUAACUAACCUUUGACCAUAUUACAGUUUCGAACCCUUUCUUCGACAAUAGCCAUCCGCCAUGCAAAAUUGGUUAGAAUUCCAAGCGGUUGUAAUGGCCGCCGGCAAAGGGUCCCGGAUACCCGAGAUGACGGCCACGAAACCAAAGUGUCUGUUGCCAGUCGGAAAUAAGCCAAUGAUUUACUAUCCACUUAAGCUGCUAGAGAACGCCGGAUUCAGAGAUACAAAAAUAAUAGUAGCUGAUAACUACGCUAGUGAUAUACAAGAAGAAGUGGAUCACCUUGGUUUUGAAAUGAAUUUGAGUUUUGUUCCAAUUCCAUCUGAUGAAGAUUGGGGUACAGCUGAUUCGCUCCGACAUAUCUCUGAUUAUAUCUUAACCGAUGUCAUCGUUCUUAGUUGUGAUUUAAUAACUGAUGUUGAUUUACACCAAGUCUUAAAUAUCUACAGAAAUAAUAAUGCGUCCUUAGUAUCUUUGUAUUUUUCACCAUCACGGGAUGAACAAUGUGUUUUUACUGUACCUGGCCUUAAAUCAAAAAUUAAGUUUGAAAAAGAUAUUAUUGGAUACGAUUCAAAAACAUCUAGACUAUUAUUAAUGGCUUCAGCUUCAGAUUAUGAAGAAACUAUGCCAAUCAGUAGUUCAUUGUUAAAUAAGUGUUCAAAUUUGAAACUUUGCUCAAAAUUAUUAGAUUCCCAUAUGUAUAUUAUGAAACGUUGGCUAGUCAACUAUCUUGUAAAAGAUGUUAAUAUUUCAACCCUUAAAGGAGAGCUACUUCCAUUUGUAGUGAAAAAACAACUAUCAAAACAUUGUAAAAACAUUGAACCAAAUGAAAAGUGUGAAGAUGAAGAAGAUGAAAAACCUGAUAUAUUCAACUUAUCAAAAGAAUCUGAUAUUGAAACUAAAAUUCGUUCAAUGUCUUGUUUUGGUAAUACAACUAACUUUGAAGAGAUGAUUAAAUGUUAUGCUUGUGUGAUUGAUUCAAACAUUGGAAUACGCGCAAACACUUUGUAUGAUUAUUGUAGAGUCAAUAAAAUUAUUCACAAGUUAAACAUGCAUUUAGGGGAAGAAAAAGAUAAAAUUUCACCAGAAGCUGAAAUUUUAUCAAAUCAAUUUGACAAGGAGACUUGUUUUGUUGGACCUAAUACCAAGAUAAUGGAGAAAACAUCCAUUAAAAGUAGCACUAUUGGUUCAAGAUGUACAAUUAAUUCAAAAACUAGAAUAACUGAUUGUAUUUUAAUGAAUGGUGUUACCAUUGAAGAGAGAUGUGUACUUCAAAAUUGUAUAGUAUGUCAUGAUGCUGUAAUAAGUGCUGGCUGUGAACUUAAAGACUGUUUGAUAAGCGGUAGUUUUAAAGUCCCAUCUGGAGGAAAACAUUAUAACGAAGUACUCACGGCUAUGGACAGGCUGAUGGAAAUUUGAAAAUAUAUGGAGUAAAUAAUUUUGAGACGAGUUAAAAUUUUAACACCGAACCCAUAUGUAUACAUGUACUGUGUAGUGUGUUUGUAAGACGGAGACAACUCUAACGAGUUUGAUAUCCUCUUUAAUCUCUAUUUUAUGAUAUUGUUGUAUGAUACAUAUGUUUCUAUGCACAAUAUAAAUACGUUUUGUAAACAUUAUA